UGCGAGUCUUCCUUCCUGCGCAAGCAGCUGUGCUGAACAAUUAGCGGCAAACUUCCCACAUUUUUUUUUCACCCCCAAAUCUCUCUCUCUCUCUCUCUCCACCCCGAUCGCCAGCGCGGAGGCGGCCGAUCGGCAGCGGUGAUGGCUUCGGGCCACCGCCGGCUCGAAAUCGACUGGGAGGAGGUGCUCGGCGGCGACCGCUGCUCGUCCCCAGACCGCGUCGACGUCUGCUUCGCCGCCUCGUCGUCGGCGCCCGCUGCUCGGGCGGCGGCAGCGAAGGGGAAGCGGGAGGGGGACACCGCGGGGACCCGCCGCCCGCACCCGGUGUUCGAGGGGCUGCGCAGCGGCCGCCGCGCGCUGCUCGAGCCCCGGCCUGGGAUCGACGCGGCCGCCAAGGCUGCCGAUGGUUUCGGAUGGGAUGCUCGUUCCGCUGCAGACAAGGCUUACACGUGGGGUAUUGAGGAUGAGCGGGGGGAAUCUGCGUCUCUUAAAUAUUGUGUAAAGUCAUCCCCCAUUCGAUGUAGAAAGAAGAAUUAUGGCCAGCUAGAUAUGAAGAAGAAGGAAAGAAGCCUAAGGCAUGCUGGAGUUGGACAAAGGAAACCUAUAUCUGUGGAUAAGAUGUACUCAAGCAAACCGUGUUCUACAACUUUAUCUGGGCACCAACAGAGAGUCCAUGCCAUUGAUCCAGAGGAGGCUGAUCAUGAAAGGUGCUGGCAGAGUGAAAACCACAAUUUCAGCUAUUUUACUAAGAGGAGGAAGGAGCAGCAUCAGGAUUCAUCUCCUCAUUUUCAGAAGGUUGAAGAUGUGGUUCUCUUGGAUGAUGAAGAUAUUCAACCUGAGAAACAGGUGGAGUGUGGGAUUCCUGGCAAACAGAACGAGUCAAAGAUCUACUACCCAUCAAGCUCUGUGUAUGUGAACAGAGAUGAUCCUGAAGCUGUGGAGCUCACUAGCUCAGAUAUUUCAUGUCUUGAUCCCGGAGUAUAUUUGUCAUCACCUGUGAUAAACUACUACAUCCAGUACAUCAAAAGGACCAAAUUGCCUAAAGAAGAUUGCAGAGACAAAUUCUACAUAUUUAACACAUAUUUUUAUAGCAAGCUUGAAGAAGCUUUGUGCAGGAAGGGUGAUUUCUUGAAGUUGAGAAGAUGGUGGAAAGGUGUCAAUAUAUAUCAUAGAGCAUACAUCAUCUUGCCAAUCCAUGGGAUGGCACACUGGAGCUUGAUAAUUGUUUGCAUUCCUGCAAAAGAGAGUAAUUCAGGACCAAUCAUACUUCAUCUGGACUCCCUAGGGAUGCAUCCCAGUACUAAGAUCUUUAACACAGUUGAGAGAUACCUUGAAGCAGAAUGGUGCCAUUUAAAGAAGAAUCCUCCUCCUGACACUUCAAUUUCACAGUCAAUAUGGGAGGAUCUUCCAAGGAAUAUUCAUACGGAAAAAGUUCAGGUUCCGCAGCAGAAUAACGCGUACGACUGUGGUAUCUUCAUGCUUUAUUAUAUCGAACGGUUUAUAAGAGAGGCACCAGAAAGGUUAACAAGAGAUAAACUUGACAUGUUUAGUUGCAGUUGGUUCAAUUCUGAAGAUGCUUCUGAGCUAAGACUGAGAAUACGAGCACUACUGCUGGAAGAAUUUGAAAGUGCUAGGCUGGACGAUGCUAUGUUAGACACAACCACAUCUGAUGCCUCUGGUAUAGAAGAUAGCAUGAAAGGUGGAGAAUUAGAAGCAAUUACACCUUCUGACAGUUCAGAAAUGAUAGUAGAGGGUGUGGAGUUUGGAGACACUGGCAAGAAUAAUGAAGGCUUCAAGGUUACAGCAUCAGAAGAAGCAAGUGGAGAGUCUGGAUACACUGGUAAGAGUAAUGAAGACAUCACAGAGGUUGCAGCAUUAGACAAAGCACCUACCAGCAGCUCUAGACGUGAAGAAAAGACGGUAGACUGUGUUCUAUCAGAAGCAGCUACAUUUUGUGAUAGCGUAGAAGGUGAAGAAGAAACCGUAAAAGCAGAUUCUGACAUCUCAAAAACUGAAGAAGGAGAAGAAGAAUUUGUAAUUUUAUCACCAGAAAGAUCGAAGAACAAUGAGGGGAUCAUAAAUAGCACACCAAUUCCAGAUGUAGUUUGUGACAGCUGCGACAGUGACACGGACGACGUGAUGAUCAUAGAAGUUCCCAACCGAAGAGGUAACUGGCGAAAUUGCUGCAUUAGUUGACAUGAGGGGCCAUGCCCAGUACAUCUGUUGCGUUCUCGGGAAGAUGGGAAGUAAUGACAGAUGUUCAUACACUACUUUGAGGUGCCUGUUACCAUAUGCCAAGCGGAUGGCCAGAAGGUAAUGGCAGGUGUGGUAGCAGUUUCUUGGUAGCAAGUCCAUGGGCAUGGGCGUGAGAAAUGUACAGUGUACAGGUUAACCAUAUAGACAACAUCCAAAACGCAAGUUGUGGAGACCUUUGGACCCCUGGAAGUGGUGCAUUUUUCUUUUCUUCUUUUGGGCAAAAUGCAUCUUUAUUCUCCUCCAGUUUGGUGCCAUUUAUUUUGACUUCAGAGUAGCUUUCUUGUGAAGCGGCUACUGUAGAAUACAGUAGCAUCGUAGAUGUCUAGAUGCUCAUGGAAGGUUCCUGAAAUUGUAUAGUCAACAGAGUAGCAUCGUUGCUUGCUACCCUACCAUAUCAACAUGGCCUUGCAACAUUUUCAGCC